AUGAAGACUGCGCAGAACCUCCUCCUGGCCUUGGCUGCCUGUGCCUCCUUGGUUUCAGCCGCCCCUGUUGAGGGACCCCAGACCCACGACUUCACUGUUCACCAGGUCCGUAACCCUCACUACGUGAAGAGCGGUGCGCACGCCUUGGCCAAGGCGUACCGCAAGUAUGGCAAGCCGCUGCCUGAGUCCCUCGUCACUGCGCUCAACAACUCGCACGCCAAGCGUGCUACCACGGGCUCUGCAGUAACAACACCCGAGGAUUCUGAUACCGAGUACCUCACUCCCGUGAGCAUCGGAACUCCAGCCACCACCCUGAACUUGGACUUCGACACCGGCAGUGCAGACCUGUGGGUUUUCUCCACCGAGCUGUCCUCGAGUACCCAGAGCGGCCACAGCGUAUACAACCCGUCCAAGAGCAGCACGGCCAAGAAGUUGUCUGGGUCCACUUGGAGCAUCUCCUACGGCGAUGGAAGUGGCGCCUCUGGAGAUGUGUACACCGAUGUCGUCAACAUUGGUGGCGUCUCGUUCGCAACUCAAGCUGUCGAGGCGGCCAGCAAGGUCUCUUCCCAGUUCGUUCAAGAUACCAACAACGAUGGACUUGUGGGACUUGCUUUCAGCAGCAUCAACACUGUCUCGCCCAACGCGCAGAAGACAUUCUUCGACAACGUCAAGUCCUCGCUGAGCUCACCUCUGUUUGCCGUCGACCUCAAGCACAACCAACCCGGUACCUAUGAGUUCGGCAAGACCACCAGCUCCAAGUACACUGGUUCCAUUGCUUACACAUCUGUCGACACAUCCGAGGGCUUCUGGGACUUCACGGCUAGCAGCUACAAAGUUGGCAGCACGUCGUACAGCACCAAGCUCACCGGUAUUGCCGACACUGGUACUACUCUGCUCCUUCUUCCAGCUUCCGUCGUCAAGAAUUACUACAGCAAAGUCUCUGGCGCCGUGAAUUCCUCCUCUGAGGGCGGUUACGUCUUCCCGUGCUCCGCCACCCUGCCGACUUUCACAUAUACCGUUGGCUCGGUCAGCAUCGUCAUCCCGGCUGACUACAUGAACUUCUCCCCUGUCUCUGACGGUUCAUCGACCUGCUUCGGUGGACUUCAGUCCAGCGCUGAUAUUGGUAUCAACAUCUUCGGUGAUGUUGCCCUGAAGGCGGCCUACGUUGUUUUUAACGGAGCCUCGACUCCCCAGGUUGGUUUCGCUACCAAGUCGCUUUAA